CGCCGGACAUCAAUCUCCUCUACGUACCAGCAAAGGUCAGCAAGAGCACGAGAAGACGGUUCCCUUUUAAAAGGCCUCGCUCAUCGUUUUCCCCUACCUACGUCUCCGAUUCCACUAUGUCGACGACGACUUCUCCAUUGUCAAUUAACGCGUUUCCCGCUUGGGCACGCCUCAACGAUGUGCAGUUCGAUACAACCCAGCUCGACGAGACGGAGGGGAAGGGUCUCGGUUUGGUUGCAAAAGACAGCCUAACGACGAGAACGACUACAACGACGACUACUACUACAGCUACUACAGCUCCUGCGACGACGACUGCCACUGCUCCUACCGAUGUGGCCAACGUCAGCACCCAGGGAAAUGGAGACGUCGGCGAGAAUCCGAGGACGCUUCUGCGCAUCCCACACGACCUAGUGCUGUCGGCAGCAGCCGUCAAGGAAUAUGCAAAUGUCGACCAAAAUUUCCGCCAACUGCUCGAAGUUGCCGGCCAACAGUCCACCAGGCACGACAUCAUGCUGUACCUCAUGACGCAUCUCAUCAUGUCAACCCGCGGUCAUACUGGUCCCAGAGGGUGCGCCUCAUCGCCUUGGACCGAGUAUGUCAAGUUUCUACCACGUUUCAUCCCUAUUCCCACGAUGUGGGCGGAAGAUGAGCGAGCUCUGCUCCAGGGUACUUCCUUAGAGGCUGCAUUGGAGGCUAAGCUAUCCACUCUGACGAGGGAGUUUGAUGACUUGCGCGAAAAGUCCUCGGCACUGGCAUUUUGGAACUCGCUCUUUUGGGAGAAGGAUACGGCAACUAGGCAGGACUGGAUCUUGGCUGACGCCUGGUACCGAUCUCGAUGUCUGGAACUUCCCCGAGCUGGGGACGCCAUGGUUCCUGCACUCGACAUGGUUAACCACUCACAUCGACCAACGGCCUACUACGAGGAGGAUGACCAGGAUGGCGUCGUGCUAAUCCUGCGGCCCGGCGUGGAGGUGACGGGUGGAGAAGAGGUGACCAUCACCUACGGAGAAGCGAAGUCGGCCGCCGAGAUGCUCUUCAGCUAUGGCUUCAUCGAUCCCGACUCCGCCGCGCACGAACUAGUUCUUCCCCUGGAUUCCAUGCCCGACGAUCCGCUGGGAAAGGCCAAACUCCACGCAUUUGAAGGACGGCCAACAUUGAAGCUAUCUCGGACAGAUGCGAGCCUGCAAUGGUCAAGCCCGUUCGCUUACUUCAUGUGCCUCAAUGAGGAAGACGGUCUGGACUUCGGGGUGUUACAAGACACCGAUGGGGAACGGCAGCUAAGGCUGUUUUGGCAAGAGGAGGAUGUGACAGGACGCGCACACGAAUUCGAAACUCUCAUCGAGGGACACCCCCUCCAGCAGGUGUUUAAGCUCCGGGUGGUGGCCGUUCUCCACGAGUUGGUGUCGACGCAGUUAAUGCACCUCGGCUCCGACUUUUCCCUUGAUCAACUGGAGCCGCUGCGCCGGUCGGGACAGGUGAGGGAGGAGUGCAUCCGAGCAGCUGGAGCUCUCAGGCAGCUCGAGGCUAGUGUUCUGGAGAUCGCCGCCGAGAGACUGGACGAACAGAUGGCAUUUGUAAACCGGGAUCGACUUGCUGAGUUUCCCCAUCGGAUGGCUGCGACCCCGGCAGAUGCUUGGCAACUUCCCCAGAUUCCUCACCCCCAGCAUUCCCCUCAAACUUACCGAGCGCCUCCGCAUUUGACAGUGGCCCACGGGAAUGGCCAAGCCAAAAACCGGGGAGGCAGGGAACAGUACCUUUCGCUCAGCCGUUUUGCACGUUUUGCACACCUUCUGCUCUCCUGAGAACGUUGUCAGAGGUAUCGCGACUAACUACGCCAUUGCCGAGUUUAGAAGACCCACCUUUUAGCGGACGACCACGUGGUGGCAUAUC